UGCCCAGCAGCUCUGCCCAGCAGCUCUGCCCGGCCUCCGGGGAAGAUCGGGUGCCAUCCUGCCGCUGGGCAGCAGCCGGACCCCGCCGGGAUCUCCUCACCGGCUCGGGAAGGGGCGGCCAAGGGAGCCACAGCCAGCCCAGCCGCAUCACCCCUUCUCAUGGGCUGCAUCCAGGAACCUUGGGCUUAAUGGAAACUUUCUUUUCCGAAAUGGAGAAUCCUGAAGUAGUCGUAACUAGUUGCAGCUCUCAUGAAGAUGAGAAAUUCAACAGCUACAAACGACGUAUCUCAGUAUCUCAAGAGCUGCUCCUGGAAGACCAGAUGAAAAGAAAGCUCAAAUUUUUUUUCAUGAAUCCUUGCGAAAAAUUUGGAGCUCGUGGUCGAAAACCGUGGAAACUUGGAAUACAGAUUUUUAAAAUAGCGAUGGUUACAAUCCAGUUGGUCUUUUUUGGGCUAAGUAACCAGAUGGUGGUUGCUUUCAAGGAGGAGAACACUAUAGCAUUUAAACACCUCUUCUUGAAAGGCUUUACAGAUGGCAUGGAUGACACCUAUGCAGUCUACACACAAACAGAUGUAUAUGACCAGAUCUUCUUUGCAAUCCACCAGUUCCUGCGAUUGCACAGCAUGUCAGUGGGGAAUCAUGCCUACGAGAAGAAGGGAGCCAAAGAAUCCAUCAUGGCAAUCUGUCAGCACUUCUACAGGCGUGGGAGCAUCUGGCCUGGCAAUGAUACCUUUGAUAUCGACCCAGAAAUUGAAACCGACUGUUUCUAUGUGGAACCAAUGCAACCACUCAGUAAUUGGACACAGGAUGGAAAUAAAUUCAAUUUAACUCUGGAUUUUCACAGGCUACUUACUGUUGAGCUUAAGUUUAAACUGAAGGCUAUCAAUCUGCAGACAGUACGGCACCAUGAACUACCAGACUGUUAUGAUUUUACCCUGACUAUCAUUUUUGACAAUAAAGCACAUAGUGGAAGAAUUAAAAUAAGUCUAGUCAAUGAUAUUACCAUCAAAGAAUGUAAAGAUUGGCAUGUAGCUGGCUCAAUACAGAAAAAUACUCAUUACAUGAUGAUCUUUGAUGCCUUGGUCAUUUUGACUUGCUUAGCCUCAUUAGUCCUUUGCAUACGAUCGGUGAUUAAAGGAUUUCAGCUGCAGAGGGAAUUUGUAAACUUUUUCCUCUUCCAUUUUAAGAAGGAAGUUUCUGUUAACGAUCAAAUGGAAUUUAUCGAUGGAUGGUACAUUCUAAUUAUCAUCAGUGAUGUGCUGACCAUCAUUGGUUCAGUUCUGAAAAUGGAAAUCCAAGCUAAGAGUCUAACCAGUUACGACGUCUGUAGCAUCUUUCUAGGGACUUCCACCAUGCUCGUGUGGCUUGGAGUCAUUCGCUAUCUAGGUUUCUUUCAGAAGUACAAUGUAAGGAACUCCCGGAACCUCCGUGCCCUCCUCAUUCUGACGCUCCAAGCGGCAUUACCUAAUGUGAUUCGAUUCUGCUGCUGUGCUGCUAUGAUCUAUCUGGGCUACUGCUUUUGCGGUUGGAUAGUCCUGGGACCUUACCAUGUGAAGUUCCGUUCUUUGAACAUGGUCUCUGAAUGUCUGUUCUCCCUAAUAAAUGGAGACGACAUGUUUGCGACAUUUGCCAAAAUGCAGCAGAAGAGUUAUUUGGUCUGGCUAUUUAGUCGAAUCUACCUUUACUCCUUCAUCAGUCUUUUUAUCUAUAUGGUUUUAAGUCUCUUCAUUGCACUGAUUACUGACACCUACGAAACAAUUAAGCAUCACCAAGAAGACGGCUUUCCAGAGAGUGAGCUCCAUGCAUUUAUAGCCGAGUGCAAAGAUCUGCCCAACUCUGGCAGGUACAGGUUAAAUGACAAGACUCCAGAGUCCAUCUUUUGCUGUUGCCCCAAAAUGUCUAAAUGAAGAUAUUUAAGAUGUGGAGUUAUUCAUUUUCUUCACAAGACAUUUCUUCACAUCCUUAGCAAUAAGGAUGAUGUUUGGCUUACCAAAGAGAAAGAGGUUGAAAGCUGUUUUUUGAGUUUUGACUAUGUGAUAAUGAAAUAUGGAAGUCAAAUUAGGAAAAUAAUAUUUCUCCCAUUUGGAUUGUAUUUUUCGAACCUUAGAAUCUUCAUGUUUGUAUCAGUCACUGUUGGACUGCCACUAGAAUUAAAUGGCAGUAUGAAAUUUGCAUGUUUGUGAUAGAACUAGACCAUCUCUUUUGGCGUGUGUUGAAUCGUUCUGCUACACCUCAAGUGAUUACAAAUGUCUCUUCUGGGACAGUUAAAUGGUAGAUGUUCAAAUGCAAAAUGUUCCAGGCAACCUCACAGCCUAGCCCACCGAGCCAAGCCAAAGACCCCAGAGUUUCAGUUUGGCUCGGACUUAACUAAGUACGAUGGCCUGAGGACCGGAAGUGAUUUCAGGCCUACUUCAGGAUGACACUACUGUGCUUAUAUCCCACCCUCUCACCCCCUCCCCCCACACAGAUUCAUUCACUCUCUCUCACGCAGGGAGUAUUUGUAUACAUUUUACUGGAACAACCACAGAUGUAUAAAAAGCUGGACCCAGAAGGGUUCCUGCUUAGGUCCGUGCCCCUCCCAACAUCCCUGCCCGAAAUAGCCAUGCCAAGAAGCUACAUCCCUGUCUGAGUCCAGCCAGCCUUGGAGUCAAACUAGUCCAACCUGGUCCUCCAAGGCUGAAAGCCAUGGGCUGGAUCCUGCCAUCACAGGACACUCAAGGCACGAGAAACAUAAUGUUUUAUAAGAUCCUGUUUGUUGCCUUCCCCACGAUUCUUUUUGUCUCCUCCUCCUCCUCCUCCCCCACUCAUUUUCCUCCUCCUUCUCCUCCUCCUGCCCAGCCCGUGGACACCUUUCUACUGGUUAGCCCCAAACGCCAAACCCUCAAGUCCCUUUUCCGAAGCAGCAUCAGGUGUCUAAAACUAGAGUAAAUGUACAAUUUGGCAUGAUUGGAAGUCUUGUCAGGGUGCAGCCAAGAUAAUGUAUUUGUGGAUUUGGUAUUGCAAGAUUUUGUUUUUUUAUUAUUCUCACUUUCCAAGAAAGGCGGAGAAAAACUCUGCCUUCCUUUCAAGUAAAUGUGGUGCAAAGAGGAAAAAGAGACUAAACAUUCUCCCCAGUCAUUUAACCAAAGCUUAAAUCACAAACCUCAUGCUCUGAGAGCCUCUCUACCCCAGUACACAGCUUUACCGUGCAGUAUAUUGUUUGUAUUUUUAAUCCAGAAUCAGCUUCAGCUUGACUGAAAAUACAAAAAAGUGAAUGAAAGUAAAAAUACAUACUUUAGCCUGGAAUCUCCCUCUAAAUGCCUUAUGGAUGCCUUUUUGCUGAUGAUUACAAAUUGAAAUACAGAAAAAUGUAUAAAACUAAGUUAAUGACUAAAUGCGUGGUACUGUAUAGCAAAGUUUCAGACUUUUUGAACAGAACCGUAGUGUUGUGUUUUACAUUUAUGGUAAAUAAAUAGAAUGAGUUUGGCAACUUUCA